AGCUCUGGACCAACCAGGAGGCAGAGCAGCUGCAGGAUCUUACCAAGUUCCCGUUCACUGCUGUCCCUGUGAAGAGUGAGGAUGAUGAAGAGGAAGCUCAGUGCUCACAGCUUCAUGGAGAACAGGACCAGAUGAAAACAGAAGCCGAUGGAGAGGAAGCAGCUGCUGAUGAUGGUGAUGACAGGACAUCAGACUCCUCUGAGGCUCAGACUGAGGACAGUGAAGACUGGGAGGAGACCAGAGAACCUCAGUCAGGUUCAAACACACCAAAUCAAAUCCAUCCCAGUCAAAACACAUGUGAUGUUGGAGAGAAACCAUCCUCCUGCUCUGUGAGCAAGAGGACAGGAGAGAAACUGUGGAGCUGCUCUGUUUGUGGGACAAACUUUCAACGAAAAGGAAACUUGAACAAACACAUGAUGAUGCACAAGGGAGAGAAAGCAUUCAGCUGCUCAGUCUGUGGGAAACAUUUCACAUGGAAAAAUGACUUAAACAUUCACAUGAGGACCCACACAGGAGAGAAACCAUUUAGCUGUCUAGUCUGUGGUAAAAGUUUUAUGGAAAAAAAACACUUCAACAUUCACAUAAGAAUCCACACAGGAGAAAAAACAUUUAGCUGCUCAGUUUGUGGUAAAACAUUUACACAGAAAUGUAACUUAAACAUUCACAUGAAAGUCCACACAGGAGAGAAACCAUUCAGCUGCACAGUCUGUGGGAAACGUUUUAUUCAGACAAGUAACCUCAGCAAACACAUGAAAGUCCACACAGGAGAGAAAACAUUUGGCUGUUCAGACUGUGGGAAAAGUUUCACACAGAAAGAACAUUUAAGCAGCCACAUGAGAACCCACACGGGCGAGAACAUGUUAAGCUGCUCCGUCUGUGGAAAAGGUUUUACACAGAAAUGUAAUUUAAACAUUCACAUGAGAACCCACACAGGAGAGAAACCGUUCAGCUGCUCCGUCUGUGGGAAAGGUUUCACAGUGAAAAGCAACGUCAACAUUCACAUGAAAGUCCACACAGGAGAGAAACCAUUCGGCUGCACAGUCUGUGGGAAAAGUUUUACACAGAAAAGUCACUUAAACAAGCACAUGAGAAUCCAUCCAUCAGUCACUACAAGGUAGCAGCGUCUCUCACAGGUAAACAUGACAUCACAACACCAAGCAUUACAUCAUAAUGCCAAACAAAACAACAAACCUUUCAGUAACAAUAAUUACAGCAAUGUCAGAGUACCCACACUCUGUAAGGAAAUAAUCAGAAUAAAAUCAAUAAAGUAAUACAGCUUAAAAAUAAUGUAGUGCCAUUAAAAGCAACAAAUACAGUGAGUGAGGAAAUAAUUAUCGUAUAAUCAGAUAUCGUAGCAGAACAUGUCCUGGUGUCCUGAGCUGUUUGGUAUUUCUUUAAACUUUUU